GCGAAGAAGGACUUGCGCGCGACGGUUCUCAUCGCUGCUAUGGAGGCGCUGACCAUGAGUGUCCGGGCGCUGCGGCUCUGGCGGGUCGCAUCCGGUUUGGGGAUCAGCUGGAGAUUUAUAGCAACAUCUCCAGCUUCUCAGCUGUCGCCGACAGAAUUGACAGAAAUGCGGAAUGACCUCUUUAAUAAAGAGAAAGCCAGGCAGUUAUCAUUAACUCCCCGAACUGAGAAGAUAGAAGUUAAGCAUGUUGGGAAAACUGACCCCGGUACUGUCUUCGUGAUGAAUAAAAACAUUUCAACUCCCUACAGUUGUGCCAUGCAUUUAAGUGAGUGGUACUGCAGGAAGUCCAUUCUGGCUCUGGUGGAUGGACAGCCUUGGGACAUGUAUAAGCCAUUAACAAAGUCGUGUGAAAUUAAAUUUCUUACUUUCAAAGAUCGUGAUCCAGGAGAAGUGAAUAAGGCUUAUUGGCGUUCCUGUGCUAUGAUGAUGGGUUGUGUGAUAGAGAGGGCAUUCAAAGAUGAAUAUAUGGUCAAUUUGGUCAGAGCUCCGGAAGUUCCUGUAAUUUCUGGUGCCUUCUGUUACGACGUAGUUUUGGAUAGCAAACUUGAUGAGUGGAUGCCAACAAAAGAGAACUUACGUUCUUUCACAAAGGAUGCUCAUGCUUUAAUUUAUAAAGAUCUUCCAUUUGAAACUCUGGAAGUUGAAGCAAAAGUGGCAUUGGAAAUAUUUCAACACAACAAGUACAAAAUAGAUUUCAUAGAAGAGAAGGCAUCUCAGAACCCUGAGAGAAUAGUCAAGCUACACAGAAUAGGUGACUUCAUUGAUGUGAGUGAGGGCCCUCUUAUUCCAAGAACAAGUAUUUGUUUCCAGUAUGACGUGUCAGCAGUUCACAAUCUUCAACCCACCCAGCCAAGUCUCAUACGAAGAUUCCAGGGUUUGUCUUUACCCAUUCACUUAAGAGCACAUUUUACGAUAUGGGAUAAGCUAUUGGAAAGAUCUCGGAAAAUGCUGAAAAGUAAAAUGGCAAACUUGAGAAGCCUAGGUAACUGAAGAUCAAACUAAACCAACAGAGGAAUGUACAUCUACCUAAUAACUUUCUAAAAUUUAAAUAAGUUUAAUAAAUUAAAAUAAAUGUUUUUAAUAUGUUUGUGUGUGCUUAUACAGAUUAACCCUUUCUCCCCAAGAUUAAUAGUGAUCUUUACUUUUUCUUUUCUCUAAAGUAUGAAACACUUCAUGUUGCUCAAAUGGAAACUGUACAAAAACAGGUUACUCCCUUCCUGCUCCGUGGAUGCAACACUUUGGCAUGUUUUCUCUUUUUUUUUCCUGCAGAUCUAGGCAGAUACAUACAAAUAUAAAUGUAAUUUCUAAAAAACAUAAAUAGGAUCAUACUAUACUUGCUUGCAUUUUUUGCCAAACAGUGGCACAGUAAACAUCCUUGUGCAAAAAUGGGAAAUGUUUGUAGUAAAUAACGUUAACUGAGUAUUUAUCAUGUGCUGGGCCUUGUGCUAAGCUCAUCACCUGGAACCUUUUGUAUAAUCCCCACAGUGACCUGUUGAGAAGAUAUUUCUAUUUUUUAAAUGAGGAAACAGCAUAGAGCUUGAAAGUGGUAAAGUGGGAAUUUGAACGGAGACAGUUUCACUCACAUGCUCUUAUGUUCUACGUUGCCUUAUGUAUAAAUAAUUUUGUAGGAAUAGCUUUCUGGCAGUGGAAUUACUGACAGGCGCUACCAGAUGCCGGUUUCCCAAAGGUUUUGCCGAAUGUUACUCCCAGUAACAGUGUGUAAGAGUGCCUGUUUACCCACACCUUGAGUAAGCCUUGGUAGUCAGUCUUACAAAAAUAUUUUGCCAAAAAGUUUCUGCUUCAGUGUCAGCAAGUUUUCUGUGUCUUGUUCACAGGCUUCCUCUGAAGGCUGUAUUUUUUUUUUUUUUUUUUCUGGGUGAGGUCAGUCCAUAUCUUCCUGUUUCUUGAUUAACUUUCUCAUUUUGCUAGCAUUUGUCUCUAUGCUCCUUUCUAGGAAAAAAUGUCUAAGAGGUGAGCCAUUGCAUGUCUAAAGUGGGUUCUGCACUUGUAUUUGAUGAACUAUUAAGCUAGAUACAGAAUUCUAGAUUGAAAAGUAGUUUUCUCUUCGAACUUUGAAAGCAGCUCAGUUAUUUUCUGGCAUCUGAUUUUGCUAAUAAAAGGUCUGAUGCCAGUCUGAUUCUUGUUCCUUUUUAUGUAACCUGUUCUCUGCAUCGCCUUCCCUCAACACACUCUGGACACUUAGGAUCUUUUUAUUCUUGGUGGUGUAAAGUUCGACAAUCCUGUACCCGUAUCUAGGUCUUUAGUCAGUUAUUCUGCUUGGUACGUAGGCGGUCCUUUCAAUUUUUGACAUCUCUCUUUUAUGUUUUUUUACUUUUUUUGUUCUUUCUUUUCUCUGGAGGUUCUUUGUUUCUCUAAUACCGUUCAGCUGUAUUUGCAUCUUCUGUAUUGGUCCUCUGUGUUUUUUUCCCUUUCUCUAUUAUUUUUCCUGCAUUUAUAUUUUACUUGUAAUACAUUAUGUCAAGCAUAUUUUAAUUUCUGAAAGCUGUCUUUUGCUUCUCUUUCAUAGCAUCCUUUUCAGGUUUUUGGAUGUGAUGUUUUUUCAUGAAGCUCUCUGAAGAUAUCGAUAUAAUUGGUAUUCAUUUGUUCAUUCACUUUCUAGUCCCUGAAUUAUCUCUUUUCUCUGGUGACAGAUUUUUUAUCUUAGUCUUUCACUUACAUGUUUCAGGCUUUUUUCAAAUGUCUUAUGUUUAUUGGCUGUCAGUUUGUAGUUGAAAAUGUGGAUGUAGGGAGGUUGAGUGGCAGCUCUGUGGUUUGAGCAAGGUUUGGCUUCUUGUAGGCAUCACUAAGGAUGAGUAGGUGAAUCUGGCUGGUAGGACGAGGGUUUGUAAAAUGCUAGAAUGAAGAGGUCUUGUCUUGGCUACUGAUUUCUAAAUUGACUCCUAGUUUUAUGCAGACUGUUCUUUCACUGACUUUAUAAAAGAUCCCUUUGAUAUUUUACAUGGGGCACUCCCUGAAUUUAGGCCAUUCUGUAUUUGAAGAUGGGAUAGUGUUCAACCCGUUUGUAUACAGGCCUUUAAUUAAUUCCUUUCUUUUUAAUUAGUUUAGAUUUAAUUAAUCCCUCUACUGUCUUCUGUCAUCUAUGAACUUCUGCCGUCUCUGAUCUAAGGCCCAGUUGGGCCGCUUGGCUGCCUCUGAUGGAACUUCCUCCACAUGUUUUCUAGGUGGUGAUGACGUUCUCUAGUGUUUUAUUAGUUACUUAGCUUUUUGUCUUUUAGAAUUUGGUUGACAUCUCUUGUUUAUUGAUUUUUUUUUUCCAUUCCCUUUGUUGUUUGUGAAUUUAUAUACUUCAACAUUUUUUUCUCUUAAAAAUUGUGAAAUAUUUGAGUAUACAGAAAAGUACAGAGAAUAAUUUCACAAACUCUUGUUUGAGUGGGCGUUUUUCAUGCUUUUUGGGCAACUAGCACUGUUUGAACACCUGCUUUUUGGCAACUUCCCACUCCAUGGAUCUUACCUUACCCAGAAGAAGAAUGAAAUUUAAUUUCCUACCCUUCCUUACAGCUACGGCUGAGACAGGUAGCAUGGGCUCACCAAUUAGACAUACCUGUGUGAAAUGUGGAAGCAAGUACUUUGCAGACAAGAGUAGUUGUUGAGAGGAGCAGUGAUGUGGUUUUCAAUGCAGCAGUGGCAGAGGUCCCAUGUAAUGGUGCAAGGUGUGGAGGCUGUGCUUAGCAGUUUUUCCCCCACAGCUGCUCCAGGGUAUAAAAAUUGGCGUUUUUUUGAGCCUCAUACUCCUGACCUCCAGGCCUGAGACUUGUGAGCCAUUUUUUUCUGUUUGUUUAAACUAGCAAGUGUAGAUCCUGUUGUUUGUAACCAAGAGUGUUGAUAUACAGCCACUAUUUAAUUGUAACCACUGUCAACCUUUUUCCUUAUUUACUUCAGAUCGUUUUGUGUUUAAAUAAAGGAAAAACUGCACAU